AUGAGUGUUGUACCGCAGGAUUCAAAUGACGAAAACGAGAAUCACGUCGAGCCUUUAGACGCGGUCGACUUAAAAUGUUGCGGAGAAAUAUUGUUCGAACUGUUCACGCAGUUCAAAAACUCCGCGGCCGAGGACGACGGCAGUGAUUGUAGUUUGUCGUCGAACUCGUAUUGCAGUAUCGGCGAGCACCUUUUGAGACAAAGGUUCGACGGGCUGUACGAUCUAAUGUCUCACGAUCUGGUAGGGGUGGACGAAUGCUAUCGGACAUUACCAAAACAUCGGUUGUACGUGGAACUCGACGAUUUUACGAAAUACGUUCCGUUACACGAAAUGAAUAGGUACCCGUUUUUACAGGGCGAUUAAUUUAUCGAAUAAAACACUCGUUAUUUUCCAAUGUAUUAAUUUUUUCCAAGAAAAAAACGUAGAAAUGAGCAGCUCUAAAUGUUAUAUUACAAUUAUUUUUUAUCGUCUUUAUUUUCGUAAUGAAACGACGACCCGUCUACUUUUAAAUUACGGUAUUUCAAAUUAGGUACUACCAAACUGCGCUCGGAAUCAUAUUUUUAUCAAACAAUGGUUUAUCGUUCCUUACUGAUAUUAAUGAAUAACCAUAUGUAUCCUACCUUCCCAACUACUCACCUACAACAGUGGCCGCUUCCAUCCCCAGUAUCAGCUCUUUUUUAGAAAAUUUUGUUGAACAUAUUGAUAACAGUAAAUGGCACAGAAAGUAUUUCUGUGCCAUUUGAGUGUCAGCUGAUCUCGUUGAGUAUUUUAAACCUAAUAAUUAUAUUUACACAACAAAAAAAAAAUUCAUAUUUUAAUAUAUUGUUUUUUAUUUGAUUCCAAAGAAAUAUUGAAUGUAUAUUAGUUUUACAGAGAUGUAUAUUUAUUUUUGUUUUUUAUUCCGUGUACGAAGUUUCUACCGGAAAUCAUGCUCCUAAGUAUCAAGUAUAGCGCCUUUUCUGAAAGGGGAUUUUACUGGGUCGGUAUUUGAGGGAGAUAAUUUUUUUGAUUUUCCUAGGUGUUUUUCCAAUAAAUUUCCUUAAAAUAGAUACAAUAUUAAACAAAUAUUAUUAAAGACAAAUUUAUAAUGCAUAUGUAAUUAUUUUAUCAUAAUUUGACAUAUAUACUAUUGACGAAUCAACAUUUUUAACCGAACUCCGCUCAGAAUCGUCAGCAAUGGUUAAUCGUUGCGUACGGAUAUACAUUAAAUUUCCCAUCUACCUUCCCAAUUUCUCGCCUACAUCAGUAGCCCACCCACGUGCGAAAUAUGUCCAUUUGUUUUUAUAAUAUUACUGUUGAGUGAGUGGGUGACCUUUGAACAUACCAAUAGAUACUAAAGAAAGCAGAUUGAUAAUAUGUUUUUCUUUAUCAUAAAUUUAUAAACCAAACCAUACCGCAUUUUGGUUCCCCCCCCCCAUUUCUCAUGAACACCGGCCACGGAGUGAAGUCUAUCCGGCUAUUUUGAUGCGAAAUAUAUUAUUCGUUGAACCAAACAUUCAGUAAACACGCGAAAUAACAAAUUAUUGUCGUUGUAAUUAUAUAGGAGUACAAAUACGAAAUUCUAAGUGUUGUGAAUGUCGUCUUCUAUACGUUUAAUAAAUGUGUACGUUGUUACGUUUAUUUAUUUAUUUCUGACAUUUCUACGGUUAAAAUAUAUGUACGUUAAUAAUGUUCGCAGUGUACAUUUUGUAGAUACGUCGGUUUUAUAUGUAUAUCAAUACACCACACUCAUAAAUAAUUGCAGGUAUGUUUUCGGCGACGAAACUUAUCGUCCGAAGGAUUUCAGUAAACCGAAAGAUAAACGCGCUCUGGAAGUGGUCCGAACAUGGCGCAAAAAGUUUGAGAAUAAGAUUACGAGAGUCGGCGUGCCGGACAGUUUGAUCGAAACUUAUAAAACGGCAGCCGAUAACGGAGAACUGUCCGUGCGCGAUCUCGCCAUGGUCGCAUUUGCCGCUUUCAAUUUUUUAACGUGA